UCCAAGCCGCAUGGUAGUACUUUCUUCCAAACUAGCUGAUUUACUGGAUACGAUUUUCUUCGUACUAAGGAAAAAACAAUCACAUGUAUCUUUCCUCCAUGUUUAUCAUCACAGUAUGAUGUUGGUCUCCACUUGGGCGUAUCUCAAAUACAUCAGAGGAGAACAAGCGGGACUUAUUGGUCUGAUAAACUCUGGAGUUCACGUGGCCAUGUACAGCUAUUACUUCCUUGCCGCUCUUGGGCCGGCCAUCCAGCCUUAUCUGUGGUGGAAGAAAUACAUCACCAAACUGCAACUUGCUCAAUUCAUCUUCAUCAUCUGCCUCUUCACCUGUCUGACAGUUUUCAACUGUGAGAUGCCCAGGAAACUGACCUACUACAUCAUAGCCAACGGUUUCGUUUUCCUCUACCUCUUCACGCAGUUCUACUUCCGGUCCUACUUGAACAAGAAGCAGCACAGCUCGUGAUGACUCAACGUUCAUCCUUCAUUCAUCGACUGAUACAUCAUUCAUUCAUCAGGCUGGUCAAUCGGAGCCGAUCCAGCUCAAGAUAGAUGGAUGGAUUCAUCUACCGACCAGCUUUAUGUAGUUCAAUGAGAGUGAACUAGAAACAGAU